UGAACCGCAUGCUCGCCGUUCAGGAUCCAGUGGAACGGUAAGAGAGUAGUAACGCUCUUUGGGUUGUCCGUCGAGCAGUGUAUCGGCUGACCUCGCAGCGAACGUUUCGCCCAGCGACGUAACACAGAUUUCCGCUCGAUUUCCCUCGAGAUCCUGCGUAGUUUUAGUUUCGUUCGCGAUCACCGCACGAGCGUAAGUCGGUCGCGAUUAUUUGAAAGAUCGAAGCUCAAUCGUGCCCGCGUUCGGUCGUUUUGAUUUCGAGCGCGCGCGCGCGCGCACGAACGCACGCACGCGCUCCCCCGCGUUCAACAUACGUAUAUCAGGAGCGGAUAAAAGCAGUUCCGUCGUGGUACAAAAGAAGAAAUCAUCGUCGUUUUACCGUUGGUCGUGCGGUGGUCCUGCGUAUCGGUGUAAAAAGGCGGUUUAACUGGUUGACUAGAGAGAGAGAGAGGUGAAUCGUACUUUGGCCGCGUUAUAACGCGUAUUUGGCGUAGAUCGUCUACCGUACAACGGAGCGGUAUCGUUGGUUCGUUGGCGACGUGACGUACCGCCAGUGGCACACUUGUCGCUUGGAAAGGAGAAUAGACUUUCUCCUUCUCGUCGUUCUUCGUACCACCGCCGCCUUUCCUCUCGUUCUUGUAUAGGAAGCAUCGCGGUCAAAGGCUUGGACGUCGACGACGACAACCGUAACCAUAACGACGACGAAGACGACAACGGGAGCGACAGUGACGACGGCGAGGACGAGGGCGAGGACGAGUACGAGGAGCGAAGCUAGAAGGAAGAUCCGAACUAGAAGCGCAGAACGAAGAAGCGAAAAGGAACGUGGCGGCGCGUCUGAUGAAGAAAAGAAGAGAACUUGUAUUAAAAUCGAAUAAGAAAGGCGUGCAGUGAGCGUUUGAUCGUUAGAGAGACGGUAAUCGAGGGAUAGCAUUGAGCCGAAAGGAAGAAAGGAAGAAAGGAAAAAAGAAGGAAGAGAGUAGGAAGAACAGAUCGAGAGAGAAAGAGAGAAGGAUCGGUCGAUCAAGAUGAGAGUACAUCGUGGGAUUUGCGCGAAACUCCAAGGAGGAUUCCUUAGGCGAUGGUGGGCAGCGGUGGCUGUCGGGGCAUUGAUGAUCAUCGUUGCCGCGAUUUUGGCCGCGGUCUUUCCAAAAUUGGUCGACGUUUUGCUGAACAGAGAGAUCGCCCUUCGAGAUGGUGGCCGCACGUUCAACUGGUGGAGGGAACCUCCGGUGUCACCUCGAUUGAGCGUCUACAUUUACAAUGUGACGAACGCCGAUGAAUUUUUAAACGAUGGCGAGAAACCAGCAUUGGUGGAACUCGGGCCGUACGUGUACACGCAACACUGGGAAAAGGUCGACGUAAAAUUCAACGAUAACGAUACGCUGUCGUACAAAAUGAAGAAGGAGUUUGUUUUCGUACCGGAACUGUCGGUCGGCUCGGAAGAGGAUUUGGUCGUGGUGCCGAACAUACCGAUGCUUUCGGCCACCACCCAGUCCAGGAAUGCAGCGCGUUUCUUGAGGCUGGCGAUAGCCUCGAUCAUGGACAUACUGAACAUAAAGCCGUUCGUCGAGGUUUCGAUCGGUCAACUGCUCUGGGGCUACGAGGACCCGUUGCUCAAGUUGGCCAAGGACGUGGUUUCGAAGGAUCAAAAGUUGCCGUACGAUCAGUUCGGUUUGUUGUACGGGAAGAACGGGACAACGCCCGACUGGUAUACCAUCUACACCGGCCAAGGAGACAUCGGUAAAUACGGAAUUCUGGACAAAUGGAACGGAAAGAGCAGCCUGGGCCAUUGGACCACGGCGGAGUGCGACAGCGUCGCUGGCAGCGACGGAAGCAUCUUUCCGCCACGCAUCACCAAACAGACGGUGCUGAAAGUGUUCGACAAGGAUCUUUGCAGGGCAUUGCCCCUGGUGUUUAAGGAGGAGGUGACCAUCGCUGGCGGAGUACCCGGGUAUAGGUUCGUGCCCGCGAACGGCGCGUUCGCUUCUCCGAACAGAUUGGAAACACAGCGAUGUUUCUGCCCAGCGGGACCACCUUGCGCUCCCGAGGGAACCUUCAACGUCUCGCUCUGCCAGUACGAUUCGCCGGUGUUGCUCAGUUUUCCGCAUUUUUACCUUGCGGAUCCGUCGCUUCGAGAAUCGGUAAGCGGAAUAUCGCCGCCGGUCGAGGAGAAGCAUCAAUUCUACAUCGACGUUCAACCGAUGAUGGGCACAUCUUUGAGAGCGAAAGCAAGAAUUCAGAUAAAUCUGGCGGUGAAGCAGGUGCGGGACAUUAAACACGUCGCCUCGUUCCCGGAUAUCGUUUUCCCGAUCAUGUGGUUCGAAGACGGUAUCGACGAACUUCCGGCAGAGAUGCGAAACCUGAUGAAGAUGGCCAUGGACGUGCCACCGAUAGCUCGAGCAGCGGUAUCCGGAGCUCUGGCAGCGAUAGGAGCGAUCGUUUUGAUAGGAGCGCUCCUGUGCCUGGCGCGCGCCGCCAAACGACAAGAGAAGCUGCACCUCACCAAUCCGUUGCCGUCGAACGCGACCGCGGGCAAAACCGGUCAGCUGAACCCGGCUUUCCAGAAUUCAUCCAGUUCCAAGUAGAUCGUCCGGUUGCUCGGUCGACCGUUUCUACGUCCUGCGAUCUCGAUCGUGUACGCGUUAUGUUUUCACCCUGGCAAUUUUCCAAGGGAUACGCAACGAUCGAGAGAGCGAGAGACGUAUAGAGAGAUAUAUAAAUGAGAAACAGAGAGAGAGAGAGAAACAAUUAGGAUCGCUGCGUAAGAAUCGUUUCGGUCUCGAAUCGCUGUCGUUGUCGUUACCGUUGUCGUUUUCGUUGUCGUUGUCGUUGUCGUUGUCGUUGUCGUCGUUCGUAUUCCCUCUCGGAGAAAAGAGGAGAGGACAAUCACGUUGUUUCGCGUAACGAUAACGUUUACCUUUUACGAGGACUUUCGCCGGAUGGUAUAACGACGGCCGGCCGUUUCUCGCUUUACGUCGUUCACGCGUAUAUUCCGCUCGAGCGAUACACCUCGGUUUCCACCGAAUCGUUCGCGUCUUUGUAGAUUCGUGCGAAUUAAAGCGAACGAGGUAGGAAAGCGAAGGCGGAAGGGACGGAAGUACGCGUCGAAGAUUCAACGUGUUGCGUGUCGUGGUCGUGUACGUGUACGUGUGUGCGCGCAUGCAUACGCGCGUACAGUAAAAGAGGAGAGCAAUUACGAGAGCGUGCGAAGAGGAGAAAGGAAUUAGGAACAGAGGUGGGGUGGAAAAGUAAUAGGAAGAAAGUACGGACGAAUUUCUAUCAUGGAACGAGCUCCAUCGUCCGGACGAAUCAUCGUCAUCGAUGGUCGAUUUAUCGAAGACCGUUUGCGUCAGCGAUCGAUAAAGAUUCUCGUCUCUCGUUACCGUACAAGAGAAAAUCCUUCCGUCCAACGUACACUCGAUCGAGCGUGCGAGAUCAGACGCGAGCCAAGUCGUCGUCCUCGGACUUUGACUAACCUGGUGGCCGUCGAGAUCUAAUUGUUAUUCAUUUACCUUCGUUUAUUUGUAUUUCGUUGUAAACACGUUAUUCGAGAUAGACUACGGUUAGAUUUCUAGAUGAAUUUAGUUUUUUACGAUGCAGUAAAGGGGGUGGAGAGGAGGUGCGGGAGAGGUAGUGAAAGAGAGAGGGAAAGGGGAAGAAGAGGGAGAAAUUGGAGGAGGAAGAGGGGGAGGAGGAGGAGGAGGAGGUGGAGGAAGACAGAAAAAUAAAGUAGCCAAAUAGUUUUGAAAUCGGAUCGAUUGGAGACGAUUUCGAACGACGUCGUGGAAAUUUACAAUAAAACCGCGUGCG